AAUUAUUGUGAUCAAUAUUCGGAAUUCGAUUUACUGCUGUCUACAUCCUCGAACACACCGGCAACGACUGGUGCUUUAGGCACAUCCUCUUCCGGUCAGGCUAUAGCCUCGGCUUCCACCAAUCAGCUUGUUGCUCUUGGCGCGGCUCGAGCACCGUCGCCGAAUAACGCAGCUCUUUUGGCAGGCUCAAAGACAAACAUGGACAAAAUCGGGAUCACAAAUCGUGUCGACUCGGGGACCACAGCCCAAAGCACAACAACCAAUUUCCUUGUUGGAGGUGCAACUGGCAGUACCGGUGGAGCAACAACUUUGGGUCGUUCUGGUAGUGGAGGUGGCAGUGCAGCAGUAGGCUCCGUUUCACCAGCAUUGGCUGCUCUCUCAGUGGGAACUGGAGGCGGGGCUGGACCGUACGGGGCGCUAGGNUGGGAGCGUCUAACUCUCCGAAUACAAGAAUUGAAAGGUGCCCCACUGCGUGAGUUGCGCCAGCGCGUGUUGAGCAUUUACAAUCAAUAUUUGGCUCCUAACGCAGUGGACCCGCUGAAUGUGGAUAGUCGAAUCUCAGAAUCCAUUCGUCGCCAUCUGAGUGACAAUUCCGGUACAAACCUGGAUCGAUAUUGCUUUGAGGAAGCAGAGACACAUAUUUUCCAUUUGAUGAAAUCCGACUCAUAUUAUCGAUUUUUACGUUCGGACUAUUAUCGCGAACUGUUCACCGGUGGUAAAAAGAAGUCCAAAAAGCACCGGGCUGGAGUCAGCCUAACCGGAGCAACAGGCGGCGGUCUGGGAGCUGCAGGCGAUCAACGUGAAGCGCUUCAGUUGCCUGUUUAG